AUGAAGUACAUUCUCAGUGGUUGUGUGCCCUGUCCACUCAGAGGAUGGGGGCGAGCAGCAGCUGCCACGUACCUUGUUGGCUUUGUGAUCCUGGUCAUCUGCUUUGCCCUCGCAGUCAUCGCCUUCUCCAUCGAGAUACUGCGCUUCAACUUUGUGCGAGGAAUCGGAGGCUUGCUCUUCGUUGUUGCUGCAUUCCAGAUCAUAGGCUUGGUCAUCUACCCAGUGAAAUUCACAGAAGAAAUUCCACUGACAGGAGAUAACAUGUUCAGCUGGGCCUAUGGCUUUGGCUGGGCCAGCACUGUUGUUGUAAUAGGUUGUGCUUUCUUCUUCUGCUGCCUCCCCAACUGGGAAGAUGAAGUCCUGGGAAACAUCAAGCCUACCUAUUACUACUCCUCCCCCGAGAGAGCACCAUACUUAAAUUGAAAGAUUAAAUCCAACUACAAUCAACUCCCAAAACAACAGAGAAGCACCUCUGCUUGUAAAUUUGGUGUGACUAUAGGAGUCUGAAAAAAAACGCCUUAUUUUUUCAGAGUAUUCUCUAGUAACCCUGGCCAUAAAUUUGUAAAAACAUUGGCAUUUGUAAGCAAA